UAUUUGGAUUCUGCAGCUGAGCCUUACGGCCAUCGCGCAUGACUGAGGGCGUCCAUCGCAGCGACGGCCCCCGGCCGCCGGAGGGUCAGAUCCCCGCGCAUCCACAGCCGGUGAUCCAUGCUGACUCCUCAUUGUGCCGCACCUCACCGGCGCCGUCGACGCAGGGGGCAGAUGGGGUUCAAGCAAAUCCGGCGGACGCUGAUCUCGCGAUCCACAAGAGCGCGCAGACAGAGCGCUGGAGAAUUCACUUCGCCGACGAGCGCUCACCUGGCGGCUGGUCCGAGGGUCGUCUUCAACACAAUCCAACGUCUCGGUGGAUGGGGCUUAUCAAUUUGGACAACGAUGUUCUCGUCGGCGAUUACCUGGCGGCCGACGUUUGGAUUACAGUAGGAUCUCGUUUACAUAUUGAUAUUUAUGACAUGCGUGUCGAUUGUCGUAUGCAGGGGGAUCAGAAGGAGGUUGCGGAUCUGAUCGAUUUGACGGAUACACCAAAAGCCGGGAGAUCGGAUCAUCGUUUUGGAGGACGAUUUUGGGUUCUUGCAGACAUCAACGACGAGGAGGAUCAAGGGGCGGAUCAUAGGGGUGGAGGAAGAAGAUGGGGCCGGCAUGAGUCAGAGGAUCACGGAAACAGCGGUGUGUGCGAUGACGACGACGCCGACGGGAUGUUCACCUGGCACCAAUCCUCACCGGAAGAGAGGGUUUCAAAAGAAGCCACAGAUAUGCAUGAAACCGUGGAUUGGACCGAUCCCGAAGAUUAUCUUCAGAGCUACCACAUGGAUCUGUAUGUGGUCCUUACACACUCCUAUGGAAUCUAGGAAGCAGCUGGUUAUUGGGUGCAACCAAUGGAAGAUGGUAGCACGUGUUAUAUUCAACCGGUUUGGAUGGCGGUCGCUUAACAGGAUAGGAGUCUAGGUCUCUAGUCCUGUUACUAUCACCGAUUGUAAUCUUGAGGUUUUUUAUCGUUUUGUCGUUCUGCUCCUUUUGUGAGCUGUAAUACUUUGAGAACCUUUUGAUCUUUGAGACUUUUAAU